CGCGACGCUUCCUGCCGCGACGCCUGCGACGACUGUCCGCUGUUAGCUGGCCUCUCCUUCCCCGGCCUUUCUCCUUCUCAGCAGUCCGCCGCCGCCGCAAUGAACAAGAAGAAGAAGCCAUUCUUGGGCAUGCCCGCGCCGCUAGGCUACGUGCCGGGCCUGGGCCGGGGUGCCACUGGCUUCACCACCCGGUCAGACAUUGGGCCUGCCCGGGAUGCCAACGAUCCUGUGGAUGAUCGCCAUGCCCCGCCAGGCAAGAGAACUGUGGGAGAUCAGAUGAAGAAAAACCAGGCUGCUGAUGACGAUGAUGAGGACCUGAAUGAUACCAACUAUGAUGAGUUUAAUGGCUAUGCCGGGAGCCUCUUUUCAAGUGGGCCCUAUGAAAAAGAUGAUGAGGAAGCAGAUGCUAUUUAUGCAGCUCUGGAUAAAAGGAUGGAUGAAAGAAGAAAAGAAAGAAGAGAGCAACGGGAGAAAGAAGAGAUUGAGAAAUACCGAAUGGAACGUCCCAAAAUCCAGCAGCAGUUCUCAGAUCUCAAGAGGAAGUUGGCAGAAGUCACAGAAGAAGAGUGGCUAAGUAUUCCAGAGGUUGGCGAUGCCAGAAAUAAACGUCAGCGGAAUCCACGUUAUGAGAAACUGACCCCUGUUCCUGACAGUUUCUUUGCCAAGCAUUUACAAACUGGAGAGAACCAUACUUCUGUGGAUCCUCGACAGACUCAAUUUGGAGGUCUGAACACCCCGUAUCCAGGUGGCCUGAACACUCCAUACCCAGGUGGAAUGACACCAGGAUUGAUGACACCUGGUACAGGAGAGCUGGACAUGAGGAAGAUUGGCCAAGCGAGGAACACCUUGAUGGACAUGAGGCUUAGCCAGGUAUCUGAUUCGGUGAGUGGGCAGACAGUUGUGGACCCCAAAGGCUAUUUGACGGAUUUAAACUCUAUGAUCCCAACCCACGGAGGGGACAUCAAUGACAUUAAGAAGGCACGACUACUACUCAAGUCUGUUCGGGAGACAAACCCUCAUCACCCACCAGCCUGGAUUGCAUCAGCCCGUCUAGAAGAAGUUACUGGGAAGCUGCAAGUAGCUCGGAAUCUUAUCAUGAAGGGGACAGAGAUGUGCCCUAAGAGUGAAGAUGUCUGGCUAGAAGCAGCCAGGUUGCAGCCUGGUGAUACAGCCAAGGCUGUAGUGGCACAAGCUGUCCGCCAUCUCCCACAGUCUGUUAGGAUUUACAUCAGAGCAGCAGAACUGGAAACAGACAUUCGUGCAAAGAAGCGGGUUCUUCGGAAAGCCCUUGAGCAUGUUCCAAAUUCUGUUCGUUUAUGGAAAGCAGCUGUUGAGCUAGAAGAGCCUGAAGAUGCUAGAAUCAUGCUCAGCCGAGCUGUGGAGUGCUGCCCCACCAGUGUGGAGCUCUGGCUUGCUUUGGCAAGGCUGGAGACUUAUGAAAAUGCCCGCAAGGUCUUAAAUAAAGCACGUGAGAACAUUCCUACAGACCGGCACAUCUGGAUCACAGCUGCCAAGCUUGAAGAAGCCAAUGGAAACACACAGAUGGUGGAGAAAAUCAUUGAUCGAGCCAUCACCUCCUUGAGGGCCAAUGGUGUGGAGAUUAAUCGAGAGCAGUGGAUCCAGGAUGCUGAGGAGUGUGACAGGGCAGGAAGUGUGGCCACUUGCCAGGCAGUCAUGCGUGCUGUGAUUGGUAUUGGAAUUGAGGAAGAAGAUCGAAAGCACACUUGGAUGGAAGAUGCUGACAGUUGUGUGGCCCACAAUGCCCUGGAGUGUGCACGAGCCAUCUAUGCCUAUGCCCUGCAAGUGUUCCCUAGCAAGAAGAGUGUAUGGCUAAGAGCUGCAUACUUUGAGAAGAACCAUGGCACCAGGGAGUCCCUGGAAGCACUCCUGCAGAGAGCUGUGGCCCAUUGCCCCAAGGCAGAGGUGCUAUGGCUCAUGGGUGCCAAGUCCAAGUGGCUGGCAGGGGAUGUGCCUGCAGCAAGGAGUAUUUUGGCCUUGGCCUUUCAGGCAAACCCCAACAGUGAGGAGAUCUGGCUGGCUGCUGUGAAGCUGGAGUCAGAAAACAAUGAGUACGAACGUGCCCGGAGGCUGCUGGCUAAGGCACGGAGCAGUGCACCCACAGCCCGUGUAUUCAUGAAGUCUGUGAAGCUGGAAUGGGUGCUAGGAAACAUUGCUGCUGCCCAGGAGCUGUGUGAGGAGGCCUUGAAGCACUAUGAGGACUUCCCUAAGCUGUGGAUGAUGAAGGGGCAGAUUGAGGAGCAGGGAGAGCUGAUGGAGAAGGCUCGGGAGGCCUACAAUCAGGGGCUGAAGAAGUGUCCCCACUCCACACCCCUGUGGCUCUUGCUCUCCCGGCUGGAGGAAAAGAUUGGGCAGCUGACCCGUGCUAGAGCCAUUUUGGAGAAGUCUCGUCUGAAGAACCCAAAGAAUCCUGGGCUCUGGUUGGAGUCAGUGCGGCUGGAGUACCGUGCAGGACUGAAGAACAUUGCCAACACACUUAUGGCCAAGGCACUGCAGGAGUGCCCCAACUCUGGUAUCCUAUGGUCUGAAGCUGUCUUCCUUGAGGCAAGGCCCCAGAGAAAGACUAAGAGUGUAGAUGCCCUGAAGAAGUGUGAACACGACCCCCACGUGCUGCUGGCAGUGGCCAAGUUGUUCUGGAGUGAGCGGAAGAUUACUAAGGCCCGGGAGUGGUUCCACCGCACAGUGAAGAUUGACUCAGACCUGGGUGAUGCCUGGGCCUUCUUCUACAAAUUUGAACUGCAGCAUGGUACAGAGGAGCAACAGGAGGAAGUGAGGAAACGCUGUGAGAAUGCGGAGCCCCGACAUGGAGAACUGUGGUGCACUGUAUCCAAGGACAUUGCCAAUUGGCAAAGGAAGAUUGGGGAAAUCCUGGUGUUGGUGGCUGCCUGCAUCAAGAACACCUUCUGAUGGUUGAGGUUGGGGACAGGGCCAAUGGGACAGUGAGCACAUGGAUUGUCCUUCAUUUAUUAAAGAUUUUUAUGAAGUGUG